UUGCUUUUGAAUAAAUUGCCUUACGCAUUUAAUACAGAAAAUUGUGUUAACCAUUGACAAUCACACGGAAACAUCUGUUAGACUGGAUAAUCAAGUGAAAAUUGCUUUUAGACAUGGAUAGCCGAAAUAAAAAGACCUCAAGCAAAUAUGGUGAUGAGGAAAUGACUUUCAGGAAAGAUCACAAUGAUAAAACGGGUUUAAAAAAGGAUGGUUAUACAGAAGAAUCGUCUUUUAGUAUAGAUGCUAAAGAUGAAUCACCGUUAACGAAGAAUAAAGAAGACAAACCGGAGGUUAAUGAGGGAAUAGAUAACCCCGCAAUGGGUUUUGGUGAAUAUUUCCAUGUAAACUACACCAGCAAGUCUAAUCUCAAGGACCUGGACAAGGAUCCGGACAAGGAUCCGGACAAGGACCCAGACAGAGAAUCAAACGCUUCAACAGACUACUCAAACGCAACCAUGUCCACGGAACAGCCGACAAUUGAAAAUGAGUAUUUGAACGCUGCUGAGGCGGCAACGGAACGCGUUGCUUCCAUUAUUGGAAAUGACUUUGAUUGUACAGACCUCUUCUGCCAGAUGGACAUGUUGAGGCCGUACAAGAAUGACAUGGUCUGGAAAGAGGUUGCAAGGUGGAUUCGGUACGAGGAAGCGGUGGAAGAGGGUGGGGAGCGUUGGUCGAAACCCCAUGUGGCCUCUCUCAUGAUGGAAGCUCUUCAGGAUCUUCAGAGCAUAUUGUCAACUUGUCCAAUGUUGCUUGACCUCAAUGCAACAUCCAUGGCAGAAAUUGCAGUUGACGUCACAAAUCAAUGGGCAGCAGAAGGAGACAUAUCUCUGUUCAUGAAGGGAAAACUAUGCUCACUCCUGACUAAGCAGCACAAAUUCCAACACUAUGAAAAGAAGAAGAAGCCCGGGGCAUCGUCAAACAACCUGCAGAAGUUCUUCCAAGAGGCCCAUAUCAAUAAGUUAUUUCUUAAAGCUCGCGGCGAUUCAUAUCGCGUCAAGGCAUAUGAUAAUAACGACGCCAAUCACCUCAGUCCGGAUAAACCGGGGCUACCGCGCGUGGCGUCAACGUCUCCCGAUUCCCCAUCGCUUGCUCUCGGGGAGAUGAACAAGAGCUUUAAGCGGAAGAUACCUCCAGGAAGUCAGGUCGUCAACUUGUUGGUCGGAGAAGUCCCGGAGCUGCCCAAGAUUAUCGCAGCCUUUGUCAGACUCAAUGACGCUUGCAAUGUGGGCGACAUCACGGAGGUCGACCUUGACACCAAGUUCAUGUUCAUCAUCAUUGGGACCAAGACACAUCUUGGCCACUGCGCAGAAAUGUGCCGAUGUAUGGCUACCCUCUUCACUGACGAGUUCUUUCGUAUCGUUGCCUUCCGAUGCAAGUCCCGACAAGACCUUCUUGCGGGCAUUCAAGAGUUCAACCUUCAUUUGACAGUGCUUCCCCCGGGUGUUUGGGAUUCAAGCACACGUAUUGAACCGCCAGACGAGAAACCAUCCCAGGAAUAUCGAAAAGCUGGCACACUGCCAAAGAGCAUGAGUAAUGUGUCCAUGGUCGACCUUGACAAAGGUAUGAACGGGGAUAUUCCGGGGGAAGGUGAAGGCCAUAAUGACCCGACCUUGAUUAGAACUGGCAGGAUAUUUGGAGGACUCAUAAACGACAUCAAGCGGAAACUUCCAUGGUACUUGAGUGAUUAUAAAGACGCCUUGCAUAUCCAAUGUGUAGCCUCCUUCUUCUUUCUGUUUCUGGCGACCUUGACACCUAAUGUGACAUUCGGCGGACUUUUGACACAAGCAACAGAUGACUAUAUGGGCACAAUGGAAUGUAUCCUAGCAGCGGCCAUUUCUGGGGUACUGUUCGCACUGUUUUCGGGUCAGCCCCUGAACAUUCUCGGCAGUACGGGUCCUAUGUUGGUACUGGAAGGAAUUCUGUUUAGAUUCUGCAAGGACCAAGACUGGGACUUCAUGCCUUUCCGUGUAUGGGUCGGUUUCUGGACUGCCUUUUUCAUAUUCCUGAUUGUUGCAUUUGACCUGAGUGCCUUGGUUCGCUACAUUACACGAUUCACUGAAGAAAGCUUCGCUUGCCUCAUAGCACUUAUUUUUAUUGUUGAAGCUUUUAAAAAGACAAUUGAAAUUGAAAAGGAUGUGCCAGUUCAUUUUCGCCCUCCCACAGACACACUUGGCUGCUUUUGUCUAUUAGGCAAUGAGACAGGUGGAGAGGCUCAACUAAAUUUCACAACAACGACAACUCUGGUAACAGAAACCACAACCGCUGCUGUAGUGUCUUCAACUUCAUUCCUCGGGAAUUUCAGUAAUAUAACGAAUGUUACAACAGUGUCAAAUGUGACCACGACAGCUGAGCCUUUGUCGGCCUUUGCACAGCAGUGCAUGGACCUUGGUGGACUAUUACAAGGGCCAUGUGACCAGAAAUACGUUCCGGAUGCAUUCUUCUUCUCUUUAGUUCUUUUCUUCGGAACUUACAUCCUGGCAACAGCACUGGUUCACUUUCGACACAGUCUGUUCUUUCCGUCAAUAGUUCGAACGAAUGUCAGUGAUUUCGCGGUGCUGAUAUCAAUUGUCAUUAUGGUGGCUAUCGAUGCUAGCCUUGGUUUGCCAACCCCAAAACUCACAGUGCCGACUGAAUUUAAGCCAACAAAGCCCGGACGCCCUUGGUUCAUCAACCCUAUCAGCGAGAAGAAUCCGUGGUGGCUGAUGUUGUUCAGCGCUGUUCCAGCUCUUCUUGCAACUAUCCUCAUAUUCAUGGACCAGCAGAUCACAGCCGUCAUUGUUAACAGGAGUGAGAAUAAGCUCAAGAAAGGAUCCGGGUACCACCUUGACAUGUUAAUUGUUGGUGUACUGGUCAUCAUCCUUGCCCUGUUCGGGUUGCCGUGGUACGUGGCUGCCACGGUAACAGCGCUUGCUCACGUCAUGAGUUUGAAGAAGGUAUCUGAAACUACAGCACCAGGAGAAAAACCAACAUUCCUUGGAGUAAGAGAGCAGCGGGUUACUGCCCUUCUUGUAGGCAUUUUCAGUGGGUUGGCUGUUCUUUUCACUUCUGUUCUAAGGUACAUUCCAAUGCCCGUGUUAUACGGGGUCUUCCUGUACAUGGGUGUGGCCCCACUUGGCGGCAUGCAGCUGAUCCAGCGACUCAUGAUCAUUUUCAUGCCGGCCAAGUACCAGCCUGACCACUCUUUCAUCCGAAAUGUCCCACUCAAGAGGGUCCACCUCUUCACUUUCAUCCAAGUCGUCUGUCUAGCUAUCCUUUGGGUGGUCAAGAGCGUCAAGAGUAUCUCCAUUGCAUUUCCAUUGAUGGUGCUGCUCAUUUGCUUCGUCCGAAAAGCGCUAGACAAGGUAUUCACUCAAAGAGAACUAAAAUGGUUGGAUGACAUUUUACCGGCUACCUUUGUGAAGAAGGAGGAAGCGGAGAUACAACCGGUUGACGGGUCAAAGGUCAAAAUAACGAUUGACUCUGGUGACGAUGAUGACGAGAAAACAGCCCGGCGUACAGUAUCAAACCCGGAAACGGAAACAGAUGGGAAGACAGAAAAUGGCCUUCCGAGUCGUCUGGCGCUUGAAUCAAGGAAGAGUCUGACAUUUAUUUGCAAGACUGAUAUUGAUCGUAUCAAGGCAAUGACACCAGAGGUAAUCACGGACCGCCGGAAGUCGCUCAUAUAUGCUGCAGAACGCAAAAAGUCCUUGGCUUCAAUGGAUGGGGAUCACAAGAAAUUCUCGCCUCCCUCCCAUGUGUUUGGAAGGAAAUUGUCGUGCGAAGCUUACUCUCCCCAUUUCUCGCCACUGCCGCUUUUUGGAGGAAAUGCGGGACACUUGGAGGAUCCGCAUAAUAAACUGAAUAGAAUGUUGUCAUUACCUGCUACAAUUACUGACGAAAACGAGGCGGACUCUGAUUCAGCGUCAAGCAAAUCUAUUAACUCAACGAAAAACUAGAGACAAGUGUGACCUCUUAUAGAUAAAAAGGUUUAUCAAAGGUGUGUAGUAUCACGAGUGUAUGACAGAACAUUUUGUAGACACAAGAUUGCAUUAUAUAGCUCAAACCAUAUUUUGUCAACGUUGUUUGUACAUUGAAUGUAUGUUUUUAAGCCGAAAUCAUCAGAAAUCAUGUCAUUUGACUUCAAAUCAAUUCUAUAGGCUUUUGAUUAUUCGGAUGGAAUACCUAGUUGAAUGUUAUGAGUUUGAUAAGGAGUGUGAUGUGUUACUGGGUUUGAUUUUUGUUAACAUCGUUGUCUAAGGAAAACAUGUCCGUCUUACGUUUUAUAUUAUGUCAGCUUUACACAUUGUUGUUUUGUACAUUUCUUGUAUAUUUUCUUCCAAUUCAUAUCAAAGACAUUUGCCAAACUUUGACUAUGCAAUUUCAUUUACCUGCGUAAUACUUCUUUUGUACAAAUGUGUACAUAUAUUAGACAUGUAUAUACAAAACAUACUAUAUAUAGUCCUAAUCGUUUAUAUAGCAGAAAUACAAGACCAAUAAAUAUUUUAAAUUUAAAGUC